AUGAGUUCAACGAGGUUGAUGGCUGUGAUGAGAAAUCCCUCGUUUUACUCUUUGGAUGAGCGGUACCCGAGCAGCGAAGAUGAAUGCUAUGAUGAUGAAGAAGAAGAGGAUGAAGAGAUUGAAUAUGAAUCUCCAAGAAUCACCUCUUCAUUAUUUGCAGCAAAAACAGGUACCGAUUUUUUGUUGGGACCUCAUCCGUUGCACCUGAACUCUCUGAGUGCAAUACCGGAACAAGUAAUUGAAGUGAAUCCAAAUUUAAUUAACAAGAUGAUGUUGUGGGAUGCGUCAAGAAUUAGCUCUACAAAAAAACCGUAUUACAAAGUUGUUUAUGAUUGUUUUGGAUUAGGAUUUGAACAUGAAUAUUUUGAUGAAGAAGCAAUGAGUAGAUUUUUAGAGACUGACAUAAUUCCGAUUAGUAUUGGCACACCAUCAUAUAGACAGCAUCUCCCAAAAGCAAGCAUCACUCCAAAAGAGGACACUCUAAUUUUUGAAUCAAGAUUUGAAAGUGGUAACUUGAGAAGAGCAGUUCAAAUUUUUGAUUAUGAAUACGAUCUUAUUCUAAAGUUUGACGUAGAGACAAGUGGGCACACUCAAUGGUUUUACUUCUCGGUAAAAAACGCAAAAAAAGGGAAAAAAUACAAGUUCAAUAUUGUAAAUUAUUUGAAGCCUGGCAGCCUUUACAAUCAAGGCAUGAUGCCUUUGAUUUAUUCUGUACAUGAUGCCAAUACAAAAGGAAUAGGGUGGACUCGAGGAGGUUCAGAUAUUUGUUAUUACCGAAACAAUAUUAGACGAAAAUCUGGAAAUUUCUAUACUCUGACUUUUACAGUAGAAUUUGACAAUGACGAUGACACAUACUUUUUUGCAUAUUCUUAUCCAUAUACCUACACUAAUUUACAGAACUAUUUAAACAAUCUUGAGAAAGACAAAAUACGAAGCCAGUUUGUGCGUAGAAGAAUUCUUUGCCAAGACGUUGCUGGAAAUGCCUGCGACUUGCUGACAAUCACAUCCUUUGCAUGUGACCCAACUGCUCUAAAAAGACGAAAAGGUGUAGUACUAACCGCAAGAGUACAUCCAGGGGAAAGUAACUCCAGUUGGAUGAUUAAGGGAGUUAUUGACUUUUUAACAGGAUCAAGUAUUGAAUCUAAAGUGUUAAGGGAAAAUUUCAUUUUCAAAGUAGUUCCAAUGUUGAACCCAGAUGGAGUCAUCAAUGGAAAUUAUCGAUGUUGUCUUACUGGUUCUGAUUUAAACAGAAGAUGGCAUGCACCAAAUGAAAAAACUCAUCCCACCAUUUUUCACACCAAGAAAAUGAUACUUGAAUUUAUGAAGGAACGUGAAAUUGCAUUAUUUUGUGAUUUUCAUGGCCAUAGUAGAAAAAAGAACAUUUUCAUGUACGGAUGUUCUGAUUCCAAAAGUGGUGUUGAAAGACUGGCUCCAAAGGUGUUUCCAAGACUGCUGUGGAAAAUAUCACCUCACUUUUCCUUCAACGAUUGUCAGUUUGGAAAGCAGAAGGGAAAGGAUACAACUGCUAGAGUAAUCCUUCACAAAAGCGGUAUCAAAAAUUGCUUCACGCUUGAAGCUUCUUUUUGUGGACCUGAUAAUGGCAUUCAUAAUGGAAAACAUUUCACUUGCAAACAUUUCGAGCAAAUGGGUCACUACUUUUGUCAGGGAAUAUUGGAGUUUUGUAAUCCAGAGAGGACCCAAGUUGCUCUCAUUUUGAAGGAGUUAGAUUUGUUGUUUCCAGAGAAAAGCGAAGAGCCUAUCUAUUCUAAAGAAUCGUAUUCAAGCUCAGAAGACGAGGAUGAACCGAUUCCAUUGCCUUUAGAUAAAUUGAAAAAGAGAAAAACUUCACCUCCAAGCCAAACACCUGCAUCCAGAACUCCAUCUUAUGCACCCUCAACAUCGUAUAGCAGUUUAAUUUCUUUUACAUCAUCGAAACAGCCAACAUUGAUCCUUACGAACAAUGAAAAUACCAACACUACCAACAUUCCCCACCUUUCCCACAUGAUCGCAUCAACAAAACCUACUCUACCAUCAUCCAAUACACCUCGAUUCUCCCAACCAAUACCACCGAACACAGCACCUCCAAACACUGAGAAAAUACGACCUCAACGACUUAAAAGAAGUCAAAGCUUCUCAAAGGAAGCGCCCAAAACUACCAAUCAACCUCCAGAAAAACCAGCCUCAAAGCAUGAAAAUCCCAAAAGUAAGAAGAAAACAAAACCUCCUCUUCCUCAACUUUCAACUCCUUCCACACCAGCCAUUCCAAAAAGUCUUUACAAACCUCGAGCAUAUACUCCACCCUAUGUUGAUAUUAAUCCAUUCACCUACGAUGCAGAUAAAUUGAUGGAAAGCUUUAAAGACUGCAAUCAUGGAGGUCUUGUAGAGUCCACAAUUUUGGACCUUAUUGAAAAAGUACAAUCCAUUCAAAACAUUAGAAAGGAAAGAGACAAGGAAAGAAAACGAAGCAUUCGUCUGAGGCCUAUGAAAUCCAAACCUCUCAACAAGCUUCCUCUUCCUCCUACUCUCAAACUCGAAGACAUUAUCAACAUUCAUAGUGCAAGAGGGAAUGGCCAGGCCUCUUCGGCUGCAUCCUCAUUACCAAGGCUAAGCCACCAAGCCCAGGAAAUAGUUUCUCAACCACACGGCCCUAACAAAAAAAGAUAA